GCAACCGACUAAGACAAACAUCAAAGAGCCCAGCGCCAACAGCAGCGAGCUAACCAGCUACAAGCGGUACCAGCAACACAUUAAGCAACUUCCUUUCCACUUUUAGCCUAAAAAAUGGUAAAACAGACGAUACAGAUAUAUGGUCGCAUUAAACCCACUGCGAAAACUACAACGGUGUACUCUGUUGACAAUGAAGAGAAGACAGGUGCUUCUUUGGAGUUUGUGGUGCCCAAGGACUUGGCUGAUGGCUUUGUUAACAACAAGAGGGAGUGCUACAAGUUCAGGUUCCUAAAGUUAUUUGAUCAAGCUGUCAAACAAGAAGAAAUAUUUGAAAACAUUGCCAAACCAGUUGCAGACAGUGUGUUGGCUGGCUACAAUGGCACCAUAUUUGCCUAUGGCCAGACAGGAAGUGGGAAGACAUUUACCAUCACAGGAGGGGCAGAGCGCUACUGUGAUCGUGGCAUCAUUCCUCGCACCCUCUCCUACCUAUAUGAACGCUUCACCCAGGACAGCAGCAUAGUUUAUACCACACACAUCUCCUACUUGGAGAUUUACAACGAGAUCGGAUAUGACCUUUUGGAUUCUCGACAUGAAGGAUCUCGACUGGAGGACCUACCAAAAGUAGGGAUUAUGGAAGAUCCAGAUCAGAACAUCCAUCUCAGGAACCUGUCACUGCAACAGUCUGCGAAUGAGGAGGAGGCUCUGAACCUGCUUUUCCUGGGUGACACCAAUCGUAUGAUUGCAGAGACUCCGAUGAACCAGGCAUCCACACGUUCCCACUGCAUUUUCACUGUGCACUUGUGCAGACGUGAGCCGGGCUCGGCCACCCUGCGGCGCUCCAAGCUCCAUCUAGUGGACUUGGCUGGAUCGGAUCGAGUUAGCAAGACUGGCCUGAAUGGGCAGCUGCUCACUGAGGCCAAGUACAUCAACCUCUCCCUCCACUACUUAGAGCAGGUGAUCAUAGCUUUGUCAGAAAAGAACCGCUCCCACAUUCCCUACAGGAACUCCAUGUUGACGUCUGUGCUGAGGGACAGCCUUGGAGGAAACUGCAUGACUACCAUGAUUGCCACUAUGGCAGUGGACAAGAGGAACCUUGAUGAGUCCAUCUCCACGUGUCGCUUUGCUCAGCGCGUGUCUCUCAUCAAGAACGAGGCUGUUUUGAAUGAAGAACUGGAUCCAGCCUUGCUAAUAGCCCGUUUGAAGAGGGAGAUCCAGUCUCUGAAGGAAGAUCUGGCCAUGGUGACAGGAGAACAGAGAGAUGACCAGCUUACUGUGGAAGAGAUCCAAAAGUUGGAAGAGUUAGUCAAGGCCUUUCUAAAUGACUCUGAUCCAGAUGUGACACUGUCAUUGGGACCAGACAUGAGGAAAAUCCAGUUCUGUUUCUCCCUGCUGAAGAAAAUGAUCAUGAACAAGCAAGGUGGAGGAAAUAGGCACAGUGAUGGGCGAGCAUCACCAGCGGCAACAGUGAGGGAAACGGUAUCUCAAGACAGCAACCUCUCUGCUGCAGAAAUGACCAGAUUAAAGGAGAUGAUGGUGCAACGUGAUAAUGAGAUAAGUAUCCUUGUUAAGAUGUUGAAGAAGGAGAAAAAAAGGGCAGAGGAUGCUGCUGCUCAGCUUGCUAACAUCAUCAAUGGCCAGAGCCUUGCCUCCGAGAGUGCCUCAAGGUUAUCAACAAUGCCACUGCUGAGGGAAGAAAGCACGGACACCAUCUCAGACCAUGAAGGACGUGCUAUACAGUACAUGAAAAGAGGUCCACAGCUGUCCAUGGGAAAACAAGAGGCCUUUAAGACCUUCAUAAGGGACCAUGAGGACCUAGUUACCAUUGAAGACAACAAAAAGGAACUCAAACAGAGGUCAGCUGAGGCCAGAGAAAUCUGGGAGAAACAGAAUGAGGCUAAAAACAGAAUAAAAGAGUUGAAGAAGCAGUUGGAGAUGCAGAGGAGGCAGAGGGCAGCGCAUGGUGUAAUGGGGACUCACUCAGAGGUCGUGGAGGGUGACCUGGUGGAAGAAAACCUGUGCAAACACAUUGAGCAAGAAAAAAAGGAUUACAAGAGCACCAUUGGCCGUCUGAAAGUGCUGGCUACAGAGAUUGAGCACCUGCAGCUGUUGUUGGAGAGGGUAAAGGUCAAGAUCCAGAAAGACUUCCAGAAUUGGUGGAGCAAGGAGGCUUCCAGCUUGCAGGAGUCAGAGGCCAAGGCCAGAUGUUACACAGGGUCACCAGCUUUAGAGCCGUCUUCACCUAGCACUCCGGGAUUUCGGGCACCUGGUAUGAGCAGCAGUGUGAGAGAGUGUCCAGCAGGCCCAGACCCAAAUCCGGACUGUUCCAUCAAAGUUCAAGACCUAAGAAGCUUCCUCCCCAAAAGUGUACCUUCCUUGACGGCUGUCCCAGCGGGGCGGGAUAAGUCCCUGGAUGGGAGGGUGACUGACUUCACUCCUUCAUCUGAGUGGAGGGCCCUUUCCACCACCAAGCUCUCAAACUCCUCUAUUCCCCUGACUGGAGACAAACAGGCUGAUGCUGACAUUCUGGCCUUUAUAAGAGCCAGGGAACACCUCCUCAAAAGGACAGGCCCACCUCAGCAAUAACAGGCCUGGAGGUAAUGUCAUCUGACUGCAAAUACAACCUCCACAUCUGUACUAAAAAUGUGUAUCAAACAUUAUUGAUAGACUGACAAUUAAGAUGUGUGAAGAAAUAAUCCUAACUGGGUCCACAACACACUAUAGUCUCUCAU